AUGGCAACUCCAAAUUCUUCAGAAGUAACAGCUCGGCAAUUAAUAGAAAAUAAAGACGCCAUUGAAAAUGAAUUGAAAGAAUUAGAACAAGUAUUAAAGGGACAAGGUGUCGGAAUGAUAGAACCUUUAGUUGAUAAUUCAGGAUUUCCACGUGAUGAUAUUGAUCUAGUUACCGUUAGAACCGCUCCAUUACGAAACGAUCAUAAAGAUAUAAUGAAACAGAUUGAAGAAGCUCUUCACGCAAUGCAUGCAGAAAAUCAAGCAAAAAAAGCUGCUGCGAAAAAUAAAUCGGUUGAAACAGGUCUAAAUCGGCCAAAACCUUUUGCUAUCGUAAAUGCAGUAGCACCCGAUUCACCAGCAAAAGAAGCAGGAUUAUUUAAAGGGGAUAAGAUUACGCGAUUUGGUUCAAUCCACGUCGGAAAUCAUCAAAAAUUACAAGCCCUAAACACAUUGGUCACAGAUCAUGAAGGGAAAAACAUUAGUGUAACAAUUGAACGCGGAGAAGUUGAUUCCGAGGAAGUUUUGGUGUUACAAUUAACGCCGAGACGCGGAUGGGGCGGAAGAGGGCUCUUGGGCUGUCAUAUUAUACCUUUAUAA